UUUGGUAGAGAUGGCAAGGCCAAGUGUAGCAUUGUGAUUCAUGCCCAAAUCAAUUCAUCUUUUUCUCUUCCUUCUCGUUACAUGCUCAUUGUUAGUUUGCCUAUACUAUAGUGAAAUAGAAGAAAAUGUGAGUCGCCGAUUUGGGCCCCAUUUGUUGGGCUCUAAUCUGCGAAAUUUGCGCGCAAGUGAGGACGUCUCAGUGUUGACAGGUGCCUUCCUGAAUGUCACGCCCUCAGCAUCUGUUCAACAUGGCGAAGUGGAAUACCAAAAUAACACUUCGUUUGUUUAUUCUUAUCACAGUGCCAACACCAAGCAUGCCAAUUUUUCUAUGACGGAAACCAUUCAUCUUGCCGUGAUUUUUUGUAAUGUUGGUCAGAAAGCUGCAUUGAAAUGGAAUUUCAAAAAAAUGACUCGAUCGCUUUUCAAGCAUUGCUCAAACAACAUUGCUUUACAUUUUCAUUUGGUGACUGAUCCAUCUAGCUGGGAAAUAGCCAAAGAAAUCAUCCAUCAUGAGUCAAAGAAGACAAAAAUAAAUAUCCAAGCGUCAGCUUACUUUGUUGAUACAUUUGCCCAACAAUUUAUCACCACUAUUGAAGUCCUUCAACAAUAUUUUAGUGCUAAACCUGGAACCUACUACAACCAAGCACUAUUCUAUGCUUCUGUUCGAUUACCUGAUUUGAUCCCUUCAAAUGUAGCUCAGUUAAUAUUUGUUGAUGUAGAUACUGAGUUCCGGGACAGUGUUGAGAAACUAAACCAGCAAUUUGAAUAUUUUGAUGACCAACAACUGCUUGGGUUGGCCCCUGAAUUGUCACCUGUAUACCGUCACAUACUGUAUGUUUAUCGCAAUCAACACAAAACUUCAUUGCUAGGAGAACCUAAAGGGAAAGGCUUCCCAGGCUACAAUAGUGGGGUGGUAUUGAUGAAACUAGAUAAGAUGAGGCAAUCUACUCUAUAUCAAUCACUUCUUACCAAUUCAUCCCUUGGCAAUUUCACAGAGAAGUACAGUUUCAAGGGUCAUCUGGGAGAUCAAGACUUCUAUACACUUGUUGCCUUAGAGUAUCCUCAUUUGUUUUAUACACUUCCCUGUAAUUGGAACCGACAACUGUGCCAGUGGUGGAAGUCGAAAGGCUACGACGAUAUAUUUGAUCUGUUUUAUGAAUGUAAAGGUUUUAUCAGUCUGUAUCACGGGAAUUGCAACAGUCAAAUUCCAGAUGCUAACACUUAAUUUGCCAUAACAUGUUUUGCUAUAACAUAAUUGCUCUCAGUCCUGGUGCCAUAUAUAUAUAUUUGUAUGAAAUUAUACAAGAUAUGCUUUAUCUGGUUAAA